UGAAACUGGUGUGGGGUAGAACGACAGGCACGGCUUCCCUCUUUCAAUGUGGAGCUUGCUGGCAUGCUGUUCCCCGAAAGCAAGUGAAGAAUUAAAGGUUGGAGGUGGACCAGAACUUUCUGCCUCAUGACUCAAUUGUGAUUAAGGCUAAUCCUGAAGGAGGUUGGGUUUUCUUUCAUUUGGCUUAUCUUGGAAGACAUCAGGAGCACCCAGAAUGAACGGUGCUUGGUCUCAGGAAGCAGUCAUGCUUUAUCUCCUGGUUCUGGGACUUAUGGUACCAUGUAGUUUACAAAGCGAGGCUGGGUCCAAUCGCUGCGAUGAACCUCGCACCAUCCAGCACUCGACACUGUGUACGUCCUGCGCUGCAGCACCUUCCAUUGUUUGCCCACCCGGUUUCAGGAAGACCACAACGAAUGUUGAAUGCCGGUACACGGUGGAAAUUGGUGACCGUCUACUGGAGCUACCCGGUUGCUCACGGUCUUGCGAGAAGGUCACCAGCACAAAGAGAUGCUGCCCUGGUUUCUGGGGACCCUUGUGUUUGCCCUGUCCCAGCUGGUCUGGAAAGAUGUGUAAUUGGCAUGGUGCCUGUUCAGAGGGGGCUUCAGGAAAUGGCACCUGUGCCUGUGAGGAAGGCUUCACAGAUUUUGCUUGCCACAAGUGUACCAACACAAAUGCCUACGGGGAGAACUGUCAAUCAGAGUGCAGUUGUGUGAAUGGACAGUGUAAUUCAGGUCCAGAUGGGGAUGGACAGUGUUACUGUCAACCACCAUAUUCAGGCCCAAAGUGUGACAAAGUUACUACCGCCUGCUCCAAAUGCACUCUGUACUCAUACUGUAAAGGUGAGGGGGACAGUGCUGUGUGUGAAUGUCUUCCUGGCUUUAAGAAGAUUGGACAGAUCUGCACAGGCAUCUGUUCACCAAACACAUGUGAUGUAAACGCUGAGUGUUCGUACGUUGGUGCGGGACAGUUUCAGUGCAAGUGUAAAGAAGGGUACGAGGGGAAUGGCAAAUCCUGCACCCCCAUCAACCGCUGCUCUCAGAAUAACGGCGGCUGCCCUGCUAACUCUACAGUGUGUCAGUAUGCAGGCCCAGGCAAGGCUAAAUGUGUGUGUAUAAGUGGAAUGGAAGGAUCCAACCCUGCUGCUGGCUGCACUCUAAAAUCUGCCUGCACCAUGAACACAUGCCACAGGAAUGCUCGAUGUGAAACAGGCCAAGACGGAAUAGCCAGGUGCCAGUGCAGUCGUCAGCAGAUAAGGGAUGGGAAGCGGUGCUAUGGUACCAUCAUGGAGCGGGUUCUGGAGCUGGACAGAGAGGGCAGCCAGGCUGGGAAGCUCACAGGAACUGUGGGACUCUUCGAAAAAGGCUGUGAGCUGGUUCUGAGAAAGCACGGCCCAUUUACAGCCCUUGUUCCGGCGGAUACGUCACAAAUAUCCGCGCACAAGCUUAACCACCAGCCCACAGCUGGAGCCAUAUGUAAACAUCACCUCAUCCUCGGCCAGCACCUUUACAAUGACCUGGAGGGCCGAGACUUCUGGACUUAUGGAGGAGAAGAGAUCAUAUUUAAGACAAAUAAGCAAUUCAUCUCAAAGAAGGAUCCGGACACUCUGUAUACGAUUAUUCAGACUGAUAUCCCUGCGGCCAAUGGAAUUAUACACAUCAUCAACAAGGCAUUAACAUUAGCAAAUAUAGACACAUCCAGCAGCACUGAGUUUUCUUCCAAGACCAUUCGAGAAAUCAUCACAGAAGAUGGCCGAUUCAAUCGAUUUCUCUCACUGGUAGACAACUGUGGAGCUCCCAUGCCGCUCACAGGUCCAGGGCCUCUGACAGUUUUCAUCCCGACCAAUAAAGCAGUGGACCGGUUCCGAGACGGCAGUCUGAUAUACAUGCUCACUGAUGCCAGGCACAAACUCCAGGAGCUCCUCCGCCACCACAUGUUCUCCCAGGCAGCCGUCACUGUGGACCAGGUGGCCAGUAUGAGUGAGAUUCAGACCAUGGCCCGUCAGGUCAUAACUAUCAACGCUACUGGUGAUGGAAGAGUGCUUCUUGGGGAAAAAGGUAUUCCUCUUGUAUCGAAGGACAUAAUCGCAUCCAACGGAAUCAUCCACCUGAUUGAUGGAGUUCUGGUGCCGCCCUCCAUCAUGCCAAUCAUGCCACAUCGGUGUGACGUGAACAUAAGCACCAUCGUCAUGAGCCCAUGUGUGACAUGCAUUCACAUUUCUGAGACACACUGUCCACCAGGAAGCGUUGAAUUGCCUGAGUUUGCUGAGGACUGUGUGCCCCCUCGUGAUCCAAGGAUGACAGAUUUCCUGAUAGUACCGGGCUGUGCCAAAUACUGCAACAUUACACGAACAAGGGCAGAGUGCUGUAGGGGGUUCUAUGGGCCGGACUGUAAACCCUGCAUCGGAGGUUUCCAGAACCCGUGUUACAACAAGGGGACUUGUUCUGAUGGCAUUCUUGGAGAUGGCACAUGCAGGUGUAAUUCAGGAUUCACUGGCAUCGGCUGCCACAUCUGUUCCAACCCCAACAAACAUGGAGAGAACUGUGAUGAAGAUUGCCGCUGUGUCCACGGGAUAUGUGAUAACAGGCCGGGCAGUCUGGGACUGUGCCGCAGGGACUCGUGUUUGCCGGGGUUCUCCGGGGAACUCUGUGAUCAGGCAGACACACCCUGCAAUUCAGACGGAGCUUUCCAACGCUGCCACAUCCACGCCCACUGCACCUACGCCAACGGCCAGACCACGUGUGUUUGUAGUCCCGGGUAUGAGGGGGAUGGAUACUCCUGUGCCGAGGCCAACCUCUGCCUGAAACCUGACCGAGGAGGAUGCCACACAAACGCCCGGUGUGUGUAUGCAGGGCCCGGAAACGUGUCCUGUGUGUGUAAUGAGGGCUGGAUGGGAGAUGGCGUCCUGUGUGUGGAGGUCAAUAACUGCCUGCUGGAGAGUCGUGGAGGAUGCCAUGAAAACGCUGAAUGCACAUCCACUGGGCCUGGUCAGAAUGAGUGUGCUUGCAAGAAGGGUUACAUGGGAGAUGGCAUCAAAUGUCAAAUUGUUAACCCCUGCCUGACAGACAAUGGAGGAUGCCAUGCAGUGGCAGCAUGCUCGUUCAAGAAGGACGGAACACACAGCUGCAUUUGUCCAGAAGGUUAUGAAGGAGAUGGCACCACAUGCUAUGGCAAUAUACUUGUGGAGCUGGAUGGAAACUCAGAUUUCUACGAUUUUAACCGCUAUCUACAAAGACACCAUGUCAUCUCCUCUAAUGACAACGUGACUGCCUUAGUUCCUUCAAAGGAUGCUUUUAAAAACCUGAGUGCGGCAGAUUCAGCGUUUUGGCUCGACUUUUACAGGCUUCCUCACCUUCUCAGAGCUCACUUCCUGGAUGGUGUUUAUUCUUAUGAAGACUUGAGGAAGCAAGUCAACAAAGCAGUCCAGACUAAAACCAAGACCAAAUGGGAGAUCACUGAUAAAGAUGGGGAGCUUAUGAUUGGAAAUGCUGCCAUUCUUGUGGCAGAUCUUAAGGCCAUCAAUGGGUACAUUCACAUCAUCAACACGGUUCUGAAACCCCCAGUUGCUGACAUCCCCCCUCCGCCCCCUGAUCUGAUGGAGGUCCUGAAUAACACGCCAUCAUUUAGCCUGUUUAGACAAGCAGUACAGCUAUAUAAUUUAUCCAAACUCAUCGGAUCAAGAGAUUUCACCAUCUUUGUUCCACAUGACAGCGCUGUUCAGACGUACCUGGAAAAAGCAAAUUUAACUCAACUGGAUGAAAAUGUUGUGAGAUAUCACAUCAUUCCAAAAGAGCAACUUUUUCCUGAACAUUUGACUGACGGAACCUUGAAAAGUACACUUCUUGAGGGCGGCUAUCAAAUCAUGGUUCAUUUAAACAAAAAAAAUGAGACACUGGUUAAUGAUGUACUCUUAAAUGGAAACUUCACAGAGGUCAGGCACGGUUCUGUCAUCAGCAUCACCAGCGUUUUACAGGUUCAUAAAAACCACUGCAGCAAAGACGUGAUUCUAAAAUCCCCAGGAAGGUGUGGUCCUUGUGAUUCGACUCCCAAAUGUACCUUCAGUGCGAAGCCAGUUAAGGCCAGUUUCCCUGCGAAUAUGAAAUCCAACUGUAAAUACAGAACACGGGUAGGAAAAAAAAGGAAAUCUGUAUCAGGUUGCAUGAUGGACUGUCUGAAGACCACAAAGGACCACUUCUGCUGCCCAGGGUACUUUGGGCAUGACUGCUUUAAAUGCCCCGGGACGGUGGAUAACUGGUGCUCCAAUAACGGCAGGUGUCUGGACGGGCUGUUUGGCAGUGGGGAGUGUCUCUGUAAUGAGGGGUUCCAUGGCACAGCAUGUGAAACCUGCGAAGCCGGAAGAUACGGCAAAGACUGCAAGUCAGAAUGCCACUGUGAGCAUGGGAAGUGUUUGGAUGGGUUGGACGGUAACGGUUGGUGCAUCUGCUAUAAGGGCUGGAAGGGCAUUAACUGUUCUGUGGCUAUUGUUAAUGACGAAUGCGGUGGCAUAUGUGAUGACAAAGCUAACUGUAUCUCAGGAGGUUCUGGUGGAAAACCCAACUGUGUGUGUAUAGCAGGUUAUCAGGGGAAUGGAACCGUCUGCAAAGAACUAGACCUGUGUGGCAUUAAUAAUGGCGGCUGUUCUGAGCAUGCCACCUGCACCAGAACCUCACCUGGAGAACGGAGCUGCACCUGUAAUGUAAGCUACACCGGGGACGGAAUCGUGUGUCUUGACCUAAAUCCCUGCCUGGUUAACAACGGAGGAUGCUCUGAAAAUGCAGAUUGUGUGAAAACUGGGCCAAACGAGGCUGCGUGUGUUUGUAGACUUGGCUUCACUAAACGUGGACCUUUCUGCACGCCAGUAAAUCCAUGCCAAAAGGAUAACGGGGACUGUGACAUGAACGCGAUGUGCGUUUACACCGGACCCGGCGAGAGAAACUGCACAUGUCGAUACGGCUACAAAGGAAAUGGUUUUGAGUGUAGAGGAACCAUCACUAGAGAGCUUCUUUACAGUCUAGCUGGUGCUUGGUUCAGAAGAAAUCUUGCCAAUGCGAGGGUCAGGGAUUUGUUCGGUAGAGGACCGUUUACCGUAUUUGUCCCUCACACUAACUAUGUAGGAAACUCUACGAUUGAGGCAUGGACGAAUAAAAGCCGCAGUCAGGACCUGCUGAGAUACCACUUUGUGGGCUGUGAGGAGCUGUCUGGACUGGAGCUGAGGUCUGUGACCCGUGUGCUCGCCGCCUCCGGGCACAUGUUGCGGUUCAGCGUGAAAGAUGGGAUCAUUUACAUCAACAAUAAAACAAAAAUCAUCACCAGUGAUUACGAAUGUUCUAAUGGAGUUAUACAUUUCAUAGACAGCGUUCUCUUUCCCUACGGCCUGGAGGACAAGCCCACAGCGGUUCAGUCACAGUUAAACAUCACUUCAGCAGCUGAAGCAUAUGGAUAUACCAUGUUUAGCAAGUUACUACAGAAAGCUGAUUUGAUGAAUUUGGUCCAGCACACUCAGUUUUUUCCGUUCACCAUGUUUUGGCCUACUGAUAACGCGUUCAACAGUCUCCCAGAGGAGCAGAAGACCUGGCUGUACAGUGAGGACCACCACGACAAGCUGCAGGCCUUUAUAAAAAUUCACAUCAUACGGGACCAGCGGACAGUUGCUUCUGCACUGACAGUCGAGCAUUCUGUCCGAACGAUGUACGGAGCACAUCUGACCUUCAGCUGUGACAAAGAUUUAAUUGGUAAUAUUCUAAUCAACGGAAAUGAUGCUAAAAUCAUAGAUCGGCACCUGCUCUUCAGCUCAGGGAUUGCUCAUGGGAUCGACAAGGUUCUCGAGCCUCCGAAUAUAGGAGCGCACUGUGAUGACUUUGUCAGCACUGAGAUAAAAGGUCGCUGUGGGAGUUGUUACUUACCACCAGCUUGUUCUUAUGGCUCGGAGGACACAAACAAAACCAGCUUCUGCAGAUUGCCCUGGCGCUAUGGCCAUAGACGUUACUCUGUUUUUGAUGACAUGGCUGGCUAUAGUAGCAACCCUUUCCACUACCGGCCGUAUCACGGGGGCUGCAGUCGAGUGUGCAAUACAAAGACAUGGCGCUCCAAGUGCUGCAAGAACCACUACGGCAGAGACUGUCAAGUGUGUCCAGGUGGGUUGGAGGCACCAUGUGGAGAACAUGGGGACUGUGAUGAUGGGCGAUUUGGGAAAGGCACAUGCAAUUGUCACACUGGGUUUAAUGGGACAGCAUGUGAGUUGUGUCUGAUGAACCACUACGGGCCUAACUGCACAGCCUGUAACUGUACUGCUAAUGGCAAGUGUGAUGAAGGUUUGGAUGGCAACGGCAGCUGCUUCUGCCAGGAAGGCUGGACAGGAACAUGGUGCGAGUCUAAAAUAGAAGUAAAACCUGUCUGUUCUCCUGAGUGCAACUCCAAUGCAGUGUGUCGGCCUGAGAACCAGUGUGAGUGCGUACCUCCAUACGAAGGAAAUGGCUUUAACUGCACUGCACCUGAUCUGUGCAGUGAAUAUAACGGAGGCUGUCAUGCUGAGGCGAACUGUACACAGACGGGGGUCAGCGUCUCCUGCUCCUGUAAAGCAGGGUACACUGGAGAUGGCAAUCUCUGCUCCCCUAUAAACCGCUGCGUAGAGGAAGUUAAUGGUGGUUGUAGUGAUUUUGCUGACUGCAUUGUCACUGGACCUAAUGAGAGGCGGUGUGAGUGCCAGGUUGGGUAUGUGGGGAAUGGAGUCCAGUGCCUGGAGAAGGUGGUGCCCCCUGUUGACCGCUGUCUAGAGGACAAUGGGGGCUGUCAUCCCAAAGCCACCUGUAAAGAUCUGCAUUUCCACACCAAAACAGCUGGAGUUUUCCAUCUGAGGUCGCCAGCAGGAAAGUACAAGAUGAACUACACCACAGCAGAGGCAGCUUGCAGAGCUGAAGAAGCCACCCUCGCCACUCUCUCACAGCUUUCCGAUGCCCAGCAGCUGGGUAUGCACCUGUGUACCGCUGGAUGGAUGGAUGGAAAGAAAGUGGGCUAUCCGAUACGAUUUCCUUCUGUUAAAUGCGGCGACAACCACGUGGGAAUAGUGCUGUACAAAGAUCCAGUUGACCUGAGCAGCCCUUACGAUGCUUACUGCUACCGAGUGAGAGACGUAGAGUGUGAGUGCGGUCCUGGAUAUAUCGGCAAUGGCGAAUUCUGUAAUGGCAAUCUAGCGUCGGUCAUCGCCACCAAUUCAAACUUCUCAGUAUUUUACUCUACAUUAGUGCAGUAUGCUGAAGCUACAGAGGAGGGUAAGAACCUCCUAAACUUCCUGUCAACUGGGUCUUCCAACACCACACUCUUCGUGCCACAUGAUGCAGGAUUUUCUGGAAACGAGACUCUAUCUUGGCGGGACAUGGAGUACCACAUAUCCACCAACAACAGCUUGCGUUUCUACGAGGAUCUAAAGCACAACACAGCGAUCCCUUCUAGACUGGGUUUUAAUCUCAUAGUAGUCAUCGCCUCAGAUAACAGAACUCAGGCUGAUGAUUCUUCACCCCUCAAACUAAUUAAUAAACAAGUUAUAUUAGACUGGGAUAUUCCAGCCAAUAAUGGGUUAAUCCACGUCAUCCAGGGGCCUCUGCGGGCCCCUCCUGCUCCUGUCACACGCCCAACUCCAUCAGCCGUUCACUCGCCGUCCAGUGCACCAGCUGUGACCACAGUGCUGCUCAUCAUUUUUAUUGGGGGUGCUGUUGCUGGCGUGGCAUAUUAUUUUCUCAAACAUAAAAACGACGCCUUUCGCUUCCAGUAUUUCAGGAAUGACGAUGAAGAUGGUGCUUCCACGAAAAAACCUGCUGUAGUAUCCAUACCUAAUCCUUUAUACACUGGUUACAGGGCCUUCGCUGAGCCUUUUGGGGAACCAGAACAAGCAGAGUCUCCUACCAUGGAAGUAGAAGAACCUCCAAACCUGCUGGACUAGAAUCUAAAUGACAAUGCAUGGGAAAUACAAUGUACAAAAGUUUUCUAAAGGUGUGUUUUACACUGUUCAUUUGUGUUUUCAAUUCAUAUUCUUUAUUUUAACCUUCUCUUGACCUUCAGGCCUGCUUAGAAAUAAAAGGAAUUCCACAAAAUAAAUGUAUCUCCUGUCAAAUUCAGAUUUUUGAAUUCAGAUUUGUUGUAAAAAAAGAUGUUACAAAAAAGUUUUAAAUGUAAGGCCCUAAAACCACAAAGCUACAAUCAUAAUCACAAGCUAAGGCUUAAGCCACAUAGCUAAUAAUUACCCACGUUUUAAAAAAAAGCAAAUGUUAUAGCUGUAAAGCCUUAGCCAUGAAAGCUAAUAUUCAAACUGUCAGCUAAGGCCUUAGCCACAAAAGCUAAGGGUCAAACUGUAAGCUAAACCCUAAGCCACAAAGGGCUAAUGUUCAAACUGUAAGCUAAAGCCUUAGCCAGAUAAGCUAACGUUUAAACUGUAAGCUAAUGCCUUAGCCAGAAAAGCUACUGUUCAAACUGUAAGGUAAAGCCUUAGCCAGACAACCUAACAUUCAAACUGUAAGCCAAGGCCUUAGCCAGAAAAGCUAAGGGUCAAACUGUGAGCUAAAGCCUUAGCCAGAAAAGCUACUGUUCAAACUGUAAGGUAAAGCCUUAGUCAGAAAAGCUAAUGUUUAAACUGUAAGCUAAAGCCUUAGCCAGAAAAGCUAAGGGUCAAACUGUAAGCUAUAGCCAUAUCCAGAAAAGCUAAUGUUUCAGCUGUAAGAUAAAGCCAUAUCCAGAAAAGCUAAUGUUCAAACUGUUGCUAAAGCCAUCGCCAGACAAGCUUAUGUUCAAAUUGUAAACUGAGGUCUUAACCAGAAAAGCUAAUGUUUAAACUGUAAGCUACAGCCUUAGCCAGAAAAGCUAAUGUUUAAACUGUAAGCUAAGGCCUUAGGCAAAAAAGCUAAGGGUCAAACUGUAAGAUGAAGCCUUAGUCAGAAAGCUAUGGUUUAACCUGUAAGAUAAACCCUUAGCCACAAAAUCUAAUAUUCAAACUGUAACCAAAAGCCUUAGCCAGAAAAUCUAAUGUUUAAACUGCAAGCUAAAGCCUUAGCCAGAAAAGCCAAGGGUCAAACUGUAAGAUAAAGCCUUAGCCAGAAAAGGCAAUAUUUAAACUUUAAGCUAAAGCCUUAGCUAAAAAAGCAAAUGUUUAAGCUGUAAGCAAAGGCCUUAGCAAGAAAAGCUAAUGUUCAAACCGUAAGCUAAAGCCAUAGCCAGAAACGCUAAGGGUCAAACUGAAAGAUGAAGCCUUAGCAUGAAGAACUAAUGUUCAAAUUGUAAGCUAAAGCCUUAGCCAGAAAAGCUAAUAUUUCAUCUGUAAGCUAAAGCCUUAGCCAGAAAAGCUAAUGGUCAAACUGUAAACUAAGGUCUAAGCCAGAAAAGUUAUUGUUCAAAUAUUUAGCCAAAGCCUUAGCCUGAAGAACUAAUGUUUAAAUUGUAAGCUAAAGCCUUAGCCAGAAAAGCUUAUGGUCAAACUCUAAGAUAAAGCCUUAGCCAGAAAGGCUAAUGUUUAAACUGUAAGCUAAAUCCUUAUCCAGAAACGCUACGGGUCAAACUGUAAGCUACAGCCUUAGCCAGAAAAGUUAAUGUUUAAACUGUAAGCUAAGGCCUUAGGCAAAAUGCUAAGGGUCAAACUGAAGCCUUAGCAUGAAGAAAUAAUGUUCAAAGCUAAAGCCUUAGCCAGAAAAGCUAAUAUUUCAUAUGUAAGCUAAAGCCUUAGCCAGAAAAGCUAAUGGUCAAACUGUAAACUAAGGUCUAAGCCAGAAAAGUUAGUGUUCAGCCUUAGGCUGAAGAACUAAUGUUUAAAUUGUAAGCUAAAGCCUUAGCCAGAAAAGCUAAUGGUCAAACUCUAAGCUAAAGCCUUAGCCAGAAAAGCUAACGUUCAAACUGUAAGCUAAAACCCUAGACAGAAAUGAUAAUGUUUAAACUGUAAGCUAAAUCCUUAGCCAGAACAGCUAAUGUUCAAACUGUAAGCUAAAGCCUUAGCCAGAAAAGCUAAUGUUAAUACUGUAAGCUAAAGUCUUAGCAAAAAAAACUAAUUUUCAAACUGUAAGCUAAAGCCAUAGCCAGAAAAGGUAAUUUUCAAACUGUUAGCCAAAGCCUUAGCCUGAAGAACUAAUGUUCAGAUUGAAAGCUAUAGCCUUAGCCUGAAAGACUAGUGUUUAAACUGUAAGCGAAAGCCUUAGCCAAAACAGCUAAGGGUCAAACUGUUAGCCAAAGCCUUAGCCUGAAGAACUAAUGUUCAAAUUGUAAGCUAAAGCCUUAGCCAGAAAGGCUAACAUUUAAACUGUAAGGUAAAGCCUUAGUCAGAAAAGCUAAUGUUUAAACUGUAAGGUAAAGCCUUAGCCAGAAAAUGUAAUGUUUAAGCAGUAAGCAAAGGCCUUA